GGUGCAUUUUACUAUUACAAAAAAAUGCCCAUAGCUCAGGGGCAGAUGGAGCCAAUAUUUUGGCAGAGCAGCCAUAGUAAAUCUGGGUCUUUGUGUCCAUUCCUAUGUGCACACAGGAGCCCCACAAUGUAACAGGACUCUGUCAAAACGGUUUUACACUCUCCCUUCAGCUACAUGUAGACUCUUUCUGGACUUCAAGAAUUCCUUCCAGCAAGUUAUUGAAGUAACCUGAACUCCAAAUGUAUCCUUCCAUACAAUCCCACCUCUUCAUUCCUCCCCAACGUCCCCUGUGUGCACCUCCCCUCCUCCUGGCAGGAGAGCAGUGAGGAAUCCCGUGACCCUCCAGAGCCGUCCUGUUCGCAUAUUCUCACUCCUGAGAGGAAUUUGGAGGACUAGUCAUGGAUUAUAAACUGCUGCUGAUCCUACUACCCAGCCUAUUACUUCUAGUUGAAUGUGAUGUCAAGCAAAAACCAGAAAAGACUACAAACAAAAAGGCAACAAAGCAAGCAGCCCUUGGGAUGUCAACUAAAUCGACAACGAAAAAGCCCAAGCUGGACCCCAUCAAACGUCAGCCCAAGGCUAAACCAUCCCACCAGGGCCAAACAGCGGGGUCCAUUCUGUCUCAGGUUGUACAGUCGGGAAGGUUUCAACCAGUCAGUGACACAUUGACUAUAAAAGCUGCUCAGACCUUGGAUCUCCGCUGUAAAGGCACCUCCGUACGCUGGAACUAUCCUCAUUACUUACAGGAGGAUGAUGAGGGAAGAUUGAAGAUAAAACACUUUGGACGUUACAGUCAACUGAUCCUGGUGAAUGCUUCAGCAGCCGAUACAGGGGAGUUCAGCUGUGGUGGUUACCAAUGCACUGGACAUGACUGCCAUGAUGGAGAAGAGAAAACUGGCAAGACCUUUGUGUUUGUCACCGAUCCUCAGGAACUCUUUGUCCCGACAGAGGACUAUUAUGUGGUCGUCCAGCUUCGAACACGACAGCCAGCAUUACUUCCAUGCCAGGUCACUAACCCACUAGCCAAAGUCACUCUUCAUAGAGAGUUUCCACCAGAAGAGAUCCCUGUGGAUGGGGUGAAGAUUGCUUAUGACCUGAAGAAGGGAAUGGUCAUAUACCAAUCACAGCCAUCUCUUGCAGGAUCACUGUUCUGCAUUGCAGAGCUCGGAAACCUUCGACAGAUGUCAACCAAGUAUAUGCUGAUAUAUGUGCACUACCCAUCAGCUCCCCCCAAACCUACUAUCGAGGCAUCAGUGAGGUCAGCACGAGCAGGAGAGAAUUUUGUUGUCACCUGCACUGUUCUAGGUGAACUGGAAAUUAAUGUGGAGUUUAACUGGGAAUAUCCUGGGCAACAGAUCGGCAGGCCUCCUUAUGUCCGAGAGCACACCUCCCAGACAAGACGUGGAGGCCAGUUACUGCAGGAGUCUCUAAGCACUUUAUCUAUUGAUGAAGCUCGUGCUGUGGAUGACGGCAUUUAUACCUGUACAGCUCAAAACCUACAGGGGAGCACCAGUGUAACCACGAGUGUCACCAUCCUCCCCGCAACGUCUACAACCAGAGGGAGAAACCAAGGAUGAGAUAGCUGGGAUUCUGUGUGUAUGGGAUGUAUGUUGUUUGAUGAUGUCUUAUAUGACAUAAACAUGUUAAAAGAUUGGU